GAGCCGCGGCCUUUCCUGAUCGCGGUGCCCGGGGCCGGGCCGCUGUGCGGCGGGAAGCGAGCAUGGCUCAGAGCGGGGUGCUGCUGACCCGGGAGCCGGCGCCGCAGGCGGUGCCGGUGUCCGAGCUGCCCCUGAAGGUGUACGAGGCGGCGCUGAACACGGGGCCGGACUCCUCGUGCGGCCUGGCCACGGCCGGCUUCCGCACCGCCAAGUACCUGACCGAGGAGUGGCACCAGCACAACUACGCCCAGUACCACCAGGCCUUCGCCGACCGCGACGGCUCCGAGCGCUGCCGCCACGAGUCCCAGAGCCUGGCCGCCUACGCCGCCGCCCUGGCCCAGCGCACCCAGGAGGACUCCACCGCCAAGCUGGGCCAGCGCCUCCAGGACACGCACUUCUGGAAGGCCGAGCUCCAGCGGGAGAUCGAGGACCUGACGGCCGAGACCGACCUGCUGGCGGCCCAGAAAGUGCGGCUGGAGCGGGCGCUGGACGCCACCGAGGUGCCCUACACCAUCGCCACCGACAACCUGCAGUGCCGCGAGAGGAGGCAGCCGGCGGACCUGGUUCGGGACCAGGUGGAGACGGAGCUGCUGAAGGAAGUUGAACUUAUCAGAAAUGUACAAGAACUUCUGAAAAGAACUUUGAUGCAAGCUGUUAACCAGAUGCAAUUAAAUCGAGAUCACAAGCAGAUUUGUGAAAUGGAUUGGUCUGAUAAGGUGGAAACGUACAACAUUGAUGACAAAUGUGGAAGAUACAAUAAUCAGAGCACCAACAUCCAGUUCCAUCCCAGCUCAUCAAAGUUUGAGGAAAGUGCCUCAACGCCUGAAACCUGGGCAAAAUUCAGCCAUGACAACAUCUAUAGGGCAGAGCGAGAGCGACUGGCUUCCAUCAACCUCCGUUUAUUGAUUGACAAUAUCCUUCAUGACACAGCUGAGGAUCUGCGCUUGCAAUGUGCUGCCGUUGAUGAGGCUUUUGCUAAACGCUGCGAAGAGAUGGAAGAUGCAAAACACAAACUGGAACAUCAUUUGAAAAAAACCCUUAAAGAGAUUGGAGAUCAAGAAAACAACAUUGCUGCUCUCAAACAAGCUAUUAAGGACAAAGAAGCUCCACUGAAAGUGGCUCAGACAAGGCUGUAUGACAGAUCUUUUAGGCCCAACGUUGAGCUCUGCAGAGAUCCAGCACAAUUCAGGUUGAUCAGUGAAGUUGAAGAACUGACAGAGUCCAUUGAGUCUCUGAAGCAAAAACUACUGGAGGCUGAACAGUCUCUGAGGAACCUGGAAGACACGCGGAUGAGUCUAGAGAAGGAGAUUGCUGUGAAAUCGAACAGCAUCUUUAUUGAUAGGCAGAAGUGCAUGGCCCAUCGCACGCGAUACCCUGUUGUCCUUAAACUAGCAGGUUACCAGUAGCAAUACCUUCUGUAUUAAUGAUGUGAAGAUUGAUAGAAAAUCUUAACCUAAGAUAUUUAAUUUUAUAAGUGUGUAAUAUUAUAGUCAAUAAGAAAUAUAAUUUGCUGUUAAUUUCCUUUAUUUAAAUAAAAAUGCAUAA